GUAUUGGUAACAAUAACCCUAAUGGUGAGAUGAUUAUCGUAGAUUCCAUUGGCAGGUAUAGAAUCUCCACACCAUUUCACAUCAGUUCAGUUUCAGCUUCAGAGGCCGAUGCAUAACACAAGUUGAAACUAAAUAGCAGAAAGACACGCCCGCUACUCCGAUCAAUUGUUCUAAAUAUCAGGUGGGGUUUAAAGUGUGGUGUUACCGGGCCUGUGACCAUGGUUUUGAUUAGUGGCAACAAAAGUGUUUUGCAACAAACAAAUGAUGAGAGGGCCAAAGCACAAGGUAUUACAGUGCUGCAGAAUUCGCAGCAGCACGGAAACAAGAAUGUGGAAAGUGCACGGACGCAGAAUGUGGCCAGUGCUGGCUUGACCAAAGCAAUGACAACAAUGGAUGAAUUCAAGUCUGGAUUUCCGUCAGAAGGCUUAUCAGCCACUUCAAAUAAAUGGUGGGGCAAUAGGGACCAUGAUGAUUGUGCAGGAACUAGUGCCAAUGGAGCCAAGACUCAACCAGAGGAGAAAGCAGGGGAAGCCAAGAUGGCACAUGAUGAAACAGCAAAAACUGGAAACAGUGAAACUCCUCAUGGUUCAUCUUUAUUGACCGCUGUGAGGAAAAGGGCUGUGGAAGAAGGAAGAGAAGCAUUGAAAUUAGGAGUUUUUCGAGGCUAUGGCAUAAACAAGCUAAGCAAAAGGGAGAAAAUACUGCUUCACCAAAUAUUCGGAUCUUCACUGCCAAGUCAUGGAUGGAAACAUGAUUUUAGUAGUUUAGAGACAGUGUCAUUCUGCACAGCUCAAUACUAUUUCUGAUUUAAUGAGAGUUCCUUUUCUUUCCCUGGUUUUUCCAUUGGAAUGGUAUGUGGAGCUAAUUUCAGGGGGAGCUCAAGGUAUGCUUUUUGUCA